GAUGCCGCCCGUCGCACCUGAUCCAUGGUGGUAGCACUAACUCGGCCCUGCUCCAGCUGGAACCUCCAGGCCUCAACGUCCCGUAUAUGAAAUCCGCUGUCGCCGUUCGCCCGCGGAGCCUCCAGAGAGCAGCCCAGACGCUCGCCCAUCUCCCCUCGUCGCCUCGCACCGCCGCCCCGAUGUUCGCCAAGGCCUCCAAGGCGUACAAGGCGCCCAAGGAGCCCCCCGGCAGCAAUGCCCUGGCCAAGACGCUGUUCCCGUCCAGCAGCCCUGCGGCGCCUGCGACCGACAUCCGCGACCUCAUGACCAAGGCGGGCUCGACGACGUCUUCGGCUUCAGCUACCACUGGCUCGGCCUCUACCACCUCCGUCUCUACGUCGACCUCGGCUUCGACAAAGACUUCGUUUUCGACAACAAGUCGGCCUUUGCAGGACCGGACAUCGAGCCUCAUGCAGCAGCAACAACGGCAGCACCAGCCCCAGCAGCCCACCACGGGACAGCUGGUGUCGCUCUACAAGCAGUCGGAAGCAGUGCACUUCACUGCGGACGACUUCAGCGACGAUGAGAACAUCAUGCUCGACUUCAAGGCUCCUCAAGCCGCUGCAAAUCCAAAGCCAAAGCCCCAGGCUGACAUGAACACUCUCCCUUCUCUCACAGACGAAACCCCUCCAGCGACCCAAGAGAUUGACUGGUCAUCAUCUCCCACAUCACACUUCUUCCCCCCUCAACAACCCAAAACGACAACAGCUUCCUUAAAGCGCGACUCAUCUGGCGAGAGCCAGUCGAUGGGAGCUCCCGCGCAAAAGAAGAAGCGAGUGUUGCCAUCGAGUUUCCAUUCAGACUACGUCGAGCAUCAGGCGGCCGCCGCAGCGGCACGUGUCUCGUCUUCAAAGUCGACACGCAUGUGGGAAGCCUCCGACAUUCAGGAACGGAAGAAGCAAUUCAAAUCCCAGCAGGCAGCCCGAUCAGAGUCUCAAGUACCGGACGCACAGCCCGAGUCCGACUAUCAUUCGGCGCCCGCGGUUGCAAAGUCUCACGAUGCCGCCAAAGGCGAUGCCAUCCACCUGAGUAAGGAACAGGAGCGUGUGCUCGACCUCGUAGUGAACGAGGGCAAGAGCGUCUUCUUCACUGGCCCCGCAGGCACGGGCAAGUCCGUCCUGAUGAGGGCCAUCAUCAACCAGCUGAGGAUCAAGUAUGCUCGAGACAGUGACCGGGUCGCCGUGACAGCAUCAACGGGCCUUGCUGCGUGUAACAUUGGAGGAAUCACGCUUCACAGCUUUUCGGGUAGGCCAGACAUUGACAUCUCCGCAGGCUUACUGCCUGUUGAGCCAGACUUGUUGGGAGACGCAGCUGACUGA